UGCAAUGCUCUCGUUUUCCUGCCUCCCAUAGAAAGAUUACCCCACCAUGUUUUAACUCAUCUUUCACAUCUCCAGAAUGUUGUGGUAAUAUGCAGCAACCAAAACUCUGAAUGCCUGGGGCCUCUCCUUACCUUUGAUCAUGAAAACUUUCAAGUUCAUAUUCUGAGUCUUGCAACUAUUUUUCAGAAAGCAUCUUUGAAACACUCUCAUAAACCUUUCUCCCACUGGAUGAAAUCAAUGAGACUGAAAAAUUUAAAGAUUUUACCUUGUUCAGUUUUUCAGCCAACAGAGAAAGAUGAGAAGACAGACAACACAACCUUAUCCACUCUUGCCUGCAAGUCUCUCCCAUUUGUUGUGAUGAAAACUAACGUGCACAACAGCUUCACUUCUGACAUACCAAUGUAUGCAGCCCAGGAGAGGCUGUUUAAGCAAAAUGCUGUUUACAUCGUCACAGGGGGUCUGUCUGGUCUUGGUUUUGAAACUGUAAAGUUUAUUGCUCAAAACGGAGGAGGAUGCAUUGUGAUUCUUUCCCGGAGAAAGCCCAGUGCUGAAGUGCAAAAGGAAAUAAAUAAUUUGCAGAGUGAGAAUGAAAGGAGCAAAAUAGUCAGCCUGCAGUGUAACAUCAUAUUUAGGCCUGAAGUUGACCGAGCUAUCGUUUCAAUUAGCAAAAUCUUCCCAAAGUGUUCCAUCAAAGGGGUAUUCCACAGUGCUGUGGUUUUUCAUGAUGGAUCAAUUGAAGCUUUAACUUUUGCUACCUUUGAAAAAGUUUUAAGUCCAAAGGUUGCUGGAGCCAUCAACCUUCACCAUGCGACUCAGGGGCAGGACCUUGACUAUUUUGUAUGCUAUUCGUCAAUUACUUCCUUUCUUGGAAACGCGAUGCAAGCAAACUACGCUGCUGCCAAUUCCUUCCUGGAUCUCUUCUGCCAUUAUAGGAGACAUUGUGGAUUGUCAGGACAAUCCAUUAACUGGGGUGCUUUGAAUCUUGGAGUACUACACAAUCAAAGUCAGCUUCAAAAUCUUUUAAAGGAGAAAGGCAUAGAGAUUCUGCAAGUCAAUGAUUUUUAUGAAUAUCUUAAAAUUUGCUUAACACAAAACAAUCCUCAGCAAGCCGUUGUGAAGUUCAAUUUUAAAACAUUAUUCAGUCAAAGGAAAUACCUAUCUCGCAUGUAUGCAAUUGUGACAGAAGCGUUGGGCAGCAAU